UUAUAUUUGAACAAAAGAAUAAAAUUUAUUUAAAUCGGCAUAUUAUUUCAUAACACCCAUAAACGUAUUUCGAUUCAAUGGGUCCAAAUUGAAUUUGUGUACAAGGAAGGUUGUUGAGCAUCCCCAUACUAACAACGAAUAGGUUUGAUAAAUAAUCAUAAUGGAUAUAAAUAUGGAUAUUGUAUCAGAUCAGAGAAAUAUCCUUUUUUGCGUUGCAUUAAUUCUGUUAUUUUCGGAAAUGGUUAUUGGCGUUUACAAACCAUGGUCAUCUCAUGAACAGAAAACAUUAUGGUGUCCUGAAGGAUGUUUUAGGAAAAAUAAUGAAAAUGAUGCAAAUUUCUGUUGUUCUUGUAAAGGAAAAUCAGACUGGGAACUUCCAUCGAUAUUUCCAAACAUUUCCUAUAGUAGACUGACAUUAGAAUUGGAGGAUUUGCAAGGACAAAAAUCAUUUUUACUUAACAUUCAUAAAAGCAAUGGUUCGAACUCAAAAGGGAUAACUUCGAAGUAUUUUUGGGUAUCUUAUGUAGACGGCAUUCUUCGUAGAUAUCCUAAAAAUGCUUGCGACUUUCAGAUAGUCACAAUUGACUUUACCGGUAAUUUAUUUUCCGAAAUAGGUAAUAUAUCAUGUUUCUUUAGUUUGGAUACAUUAGUUUUGAAACGAAAUAGAAUUUCGUUCGUAUCCAAUCAAACUUUCCGGGGAUUACCGAAUUUAAGAAAAGUUGACCUAUCGUACAAUCUGAUAACUAAAACAGAUAAUAAUUUGCUUGGUGCAAACGACGUCUACAUAUCUCAGCUGGUGAUGGAAGGUAAUAUGUUUGAGACAGUAGAUUUAUCCAAUAUUGUGAUUCCAAAUAAAACAAUAUGUUACAAUAGUUAUGCUGACAAUAAUCAAUCUCUGAAUUUCACGAACGAAAUGAAUAUGAAAAUACACAAAGACAAGCCAAAUUAUUGUGGGAGCCUUGAUAUAUCAAACGUACCAUCUAUUUCUCAACAUCCCUUGUCGGCACUCAAAAUGAUUGGCUUAGGGGAAACGAGCGAAUUAAAAUAUUAUGUAACGUGUGGUUUUUACAAAAUAACUGAAACGUCAUUUAAUUGCGAUUGUACUGUUUUUGACUUACUGAAUUCAAAGGGAGUUGAUUUCUAUCGUUUUUAUGCUAGAUCUCAUGAACAUGUGUAUUGUAAUGAACCAACAGUAUUAGCAAAUAAGUCUUUCGAAGAAAUUCUUAAAAAUGAGACAUUGCGUGAUCUUGUCGUUUGUGAAUUAUCAGAUUACUGUCAUAGCAGACCAAACUGUAAAUGUCGUUGUAUCUCGCAGCCAAAUAGGCGAAGAUUAUUCAUAGAUUGUUCCAACCAGUCAUGCGAAGAAUUUCCGGACGCUAUUCCAGGAUCGAGUUUUGAAGUUGAAAUGGAUAUGAGUAAUAAUAAGAUAUCUACUUUAAAAACAAAAGAUUAUUUUUCUCGUGUUAAAAUUUUGGAUCUCUCUGAAAAUCCGGUAACAGUUAUAGAUGAAAAUGUAGACAGACUAAAUCAUACAUCUCAUAUCUUCAUACCAAAUCACUCUCUUGAGACAUUACCCAAAUCAGUUCAGUUAUUACAUCCUGAUAUUUUUAGAUUUGGCAAGAGUGGAAUUCCAUGUAAUUGUGAUAACAUUUGGAUUGGAGACUGGAGAAUAUACAAUUCCGCAUCUGAGGAAUCUCCAUUAUUUUGCAGUAAUUUUAACAAUACUGUAUUUGAAAAUUGGACAUUGGAGAUAGGAAAUUGUGAACCAUAUACUAGUAGCACUAAUCAUUUUCUAUUUUCAUUGCUAACAUUCCCAUUUUUUAUUUCCUUAAUUAGUAUCCUUUACUGUUUCAGAUUCGAGUUAAUCAUAUUUAAGCGUAAAUUUGAUCGAAAACGCCACAAGAGAUGGGAACACGAUGUUUACAUUUCCUUUGAUGAAAACAACAAGUUGGUGCUUCAAUUUGUUAUAAAACUUCUCUAUCCAUUUCUCAAAAAUAACAAUGUAUCAGCUUAUAUUCCCUGUAAAGAUAACUGCCCAGGGCAAUUGUUUGAGGAGAAUAUCACUGAAAAUAUUCAAAAGUGUAAAACUUUCGUACUUAUUACUUCAGAUGGAAUGUACGAGGAUAAACCUGGCAUAACAGAAGCUAAAAUUAUGGAAUAUUAUUUGGCAUGGAAAUAUUUCACAAAAGGCGUGAUAAAUAAGAUUUUUGUGGUAAAAUAUGACAAACCUAAAAAGAAGGAUUUUCAAUAUAGAAAAACCGAAGCAAUUUAUAGAACUGGCAUGGGGUUUAAUAUGUGGGAUCGAAAAGUGUGCGUCUAUCAAGCAAUAUUAGAAAUACUGAAUGAGCGUUAAAAAAGAUAUAUCCAAUUAUUUUCUUGUGACCUUUAAAUGAAAAGAAAACCAGUCCAAACUUUGGUGGGGUUGAUGCUGUUUGGUUCCUAUGUUAUGUGUUAUACACUGUUGUUUAUCUUUUAGUCGAUUUUAGUGUUAUACCAUGGCAUGGUUAAUCAGUUUAUCAUCUUCUUAUGAGUUUAAAUACCUACCUGGUAUAUUUUGCAUCUGUUUAAGUAAGGGAUUUUAAUCGCUUUUAUUGUGCAUAUUUUGUUAUCAUUAAAACAUAAAAAUGUUAACAUGCUGAUUGUUUAAAACAUGUUGCAACCCUUGCUUUUUUGACUUAGUAAAUACCGGUAUGAUGUUGUCUCCUAACUUACAUUAAAUAUUAAUAGCAAUUUGAACGAAA